AUUGAAUCAUUAAAUCUUCACAACAUCCAACUGAGUGCGGUUUACAGAUGAAGAAAUUGAGACUCACUAGGCGUUACCUGCCCUAAGACACAUAACUGAGAAUCAAAAUGCAGGCAGUUUGAAUCCAAAGUUUGUUUUUUAACCACUCUAUUACCCUCAACUUUUCAAAAAAUGGAGCAAUGACCCACUGUCUUAUUCACUGUUAUCUUGGGCAAGUUACUUUUCUUCUCCGAAAUUUUGUCUUCCUAUCUGUCAAACGUACAUAAUAGUACACAUUCCCCACGCCACCGUGAGACUACAUGCUCUCAUCGUGCACAGUGCCCGCCCAAUAACUAGCAAUGCAGUUAACUUUAUUGAUGCUUGCUGAGUGCCAUGCACUAUUCUAAACUAUGCACGGGGCUCAGCUCACUUAAUACAGCAAUUUAUGCGGCGGAUAACGUGACUAACCUAGUUUACAGAUCAGAAACUGAGGUGCAGAGGGGUUAAGGAACUUGGACUGGGUCACGUUAACGAAUACUUGACAAACUACAAGUUUGCACCAGGAGAAUCUAACUUCAGAAUAUACUCUAAGCUCCCAGAGAGAUGAGUGAUUUCCUUGCUCCUUUUUACUACAAAGGAAGCCACGGUCCAAAGGACGACUUGGCCAAAAGCUCACUCUUAGGCCGUCCGGCUCGGGAGCCGCCGCGAAUCAAAUGAAUGAAGUCAAACCCAGGGUUAACCGCGGCCCCCGGCUGGGCCUCGGGGGCACCCGUAGCUCCGCGCCGCCCUGGCACCCACCCCACCUCCAUCCGCCCGCAGUCCACCCGCUCGCCAGCCCUUCGUCACACGCUCGACCCCAAAAGAGCCCGAGCCCGAGCCCGAGCCCAUGCCCCUGACCCUGCCCCAUAGGGGAAGAAGCUCCCGCGUGGCCGACUCCCGAGUGGCGAGCACUAGCCUCCCGCGGGCUACGGCCCACUCGCCAAGGCGUGCCGGCCGCGGGGCCCCGUCGUCGAGACAUGCACAACGCCUCACCCGGCGACGCCAUUCCUCCGAGCAGGUCCCACCAGGGCCCGAGCCGGAGGCUGACUUCCGCUCGGGAAAGUGGCUCCAAGAGCGCGCCGGAGGGGACACCAGGGACUCGCGGCAGGCUGCGCGUGCCGGGAUGGGAUCUAGGCACAGGAUCUGUAGUUGGGAAGAAGUAGUGAUCCCCUGUGCUUCUGACAAUGAUUCAGGGAGUGUGGAUUUGCAGCUGAGCAACUUAGAGAAUAUUAAAAAAGAUCCAAGUAGCCUUGAACUUACAGUAUUAGACUCCAACAUCUCUGACAUCGCUGGACUCUCUCAGGAACCACUCACAGAUAGCUUCAGAUGCCUGACCCAAAAGGGCCCCCUCAGUGAGGCCAUUGUUGAGAGGCUGAUCCAAUCUAUCCAGGAGGUUUUUGAUGGUGAGCUACAGAGUGAACUUGAGAAGCUGACAUUCCUACGAUCUUUGUCUUCUCUCAGCCGAACUUUACCCUAUGAUGACACCACAGAAUCAUUCAUUCACAGCCACAUAGCAGAUAUUGUGUGUAUCCUAAAUAUGCUGGUAGAAGAGGAGCCUGUGCAUUCUCUCUUGAGCUCUGUGCGCCAGGAGGUCUUUGUUACCAUCUCUGACCUCAGCUACCAAGGUGUCCACUUGCUAUUUGGCUCUGAAGAUCGAGCUGAUUUAUUCUGUCUUAUUACAAAAAGUAUAAUCACUCUGCCCUCCGUAACGACUCUUAUCCAGCUGCAGGAAAUCAUGCCAAGUGGGUCCUACAACACAGAGUGUCUCUACAGGCAAACGUUUCAAGCAUUCUCUGAGAUGCUCCAGAGUUUGGUAGUAAAAGACCCACAUUUGGAAAAUCUUGACACCAUUUUUAAGCAAAUGGACCCCUGGUUACAAUCAACCAAAGACCAUGAGCGGGAACGGGCCACAGCCAGCAUGGCUCAAGUUCUAAAGUGCUUAUCCAGACAUCUCAGCCUGAAGCUUCCACUGCGAUUCCAAAGGCUUGGGCACCUGGUGGCUCUGAUGGCACUACUGUGUGGGGACCCAGUGAAGGAGGUAGCAGAGGAGGCCGCAGAGGGCAUGCACUACCUGCUGCGUAUCACCCUAAGGCUGAAGUAUACCAGCUAUGACAAGAAAAAUCACCCAAGCUUGAGAAGAGCAAUGAAAAAGUGUCAAGAACUCCUAGAACUCUACAGUAUUAAACAGUUCUACAGUUGUCCCUUCAAAAUUGCCCAGAUCUUCGAAGUUUUUCUCAAUUCAAAUGAGCUCUGCCAGUUUGUAAUGACUAUAUUGGAUAGCCUGGAAAAUCUGAAACAUCCCUGCACCCAGCAAUCAGCAGGAGAAUUGCUGCUAACAUUGGUGAAAAAUGCAGAGUCCCGAUUUGAGAAGGUGCCAGAAAUUAUGCGAGUUGUCUGUGCCCGGCUAUCCAUAAUCAGCCAGCCUAGAGUCCGACGACAAAUCAUAAAUACUGUGAGUUUGUUUAUCUCCAGGCCCAAGUACACAGAUACAGUGAUCAGCCACCUUCUGUGUCAUCCAGUACCAUAUGACAGGCAUCUGGCUGAGUUGUGGAGAACUCUGGAGGUAGAACUGCCCAGCACCACCUGGAUUCUGUGGAGACUUCUGAGGAAGCUGCAGAAAUGCCAUAAUGCGCCCACCCAAGAGAAGAUGGCCUAUGUGGCUGUUGCUGCAACAGAUGCCCUUUAUGAGGUGUUUGUGGGAAACAGGCUCCAAGCAGCUACAUUCAGACUCUUUCCUCAGCUUCUCAUGACACUGCUCAUCCAGAUACACCACAGCAUCGGUCUCACCAUGUCUGAUGUCGCCAUCCCAAGUGGCCUGUACACAGAACAGGAAAUGUCUUCAGAGGUCACCCCUUUGUGCUUCGCCAUACAGUCUACAAAGACUCUCCUCCUCAGAACAUUGUGCUGGCAGGAAUUCAACAUCAUGGAAAAGAAUAAAGGAUGGACCCUCCUGGAAGGAAAAGAGUGCCAUCUUCAGGGAGUAUCUCUCCUUGCCAAUGCGUUGCUGGAAAGAAAUCACCUCCUUGCACAUAAAGUCAUGUACUUGUUGGUCCCUCUUCUUAACCGAGGGAAUGAUAAACAUAAACUCACAUCUGCAGGAUUUUUCGUGGAGCUUCUCCAGAGUCCAGUGGCUAGGAGACUGCCCAGCAUAUACUCUGUUGUCCGCUUGAAAGACUGGCUACAUCAUGGAAAUAGUGUCUUCAAAUUUCUUGCCCUAAAGGGACUGCACUAUCUUAUCAAACACCAGGAGAUGAGGGAAGGCAUCAGGAGCCUGUUGCCGUGCAUCUUAGACCUCUUACGUGAAACCGACGAGAAGAUUGUUUUGUUGGCCAUCCAGAUACUCUUGCAACUCGUUGGGACAAUGGAUUUCACCACCCUGACAGCCAUGAUGAAGACCCUGCUCUCCCUGUUUGGUGAUAUGAGACCUGAUGUUCAUCGUUUCUCCAUGACCCUCUUUGGAGCCUCCAUAAAGUCUGUGAAAUACAUAGAUAAGAAGAGUGUAGAGAAUCAAGUCCUGGACAGCCUGGUCCCACUACUUCUGUAUUCUCAGGAUGAAAAUGAUGCAGUAGCUGAGGAGAGCAGGCAAGUCCUAACCAUAUGUGCCCAGUUCCUGAAGUGGAAGCUGCCCCAAGAAGUGUACUGCAAAGAUCCCUGGUACAUCAGCCCUCGCGAAGCUGGAGCAGUCUGCAAAUUCUUUGGAAAAAAAUGCCAGGGGAAAGUUAACCUCCUCGCCCAAACAUUGAUGUUCUCCAAGAAGGCAAAGCUUCCUAUCAGAAGAGCAGCAGUCUUAUUUGUAGGACUCUUAUUAAAGUACGUGGAUCACAGUGAGCUCAGGAUGAAGGGCACUGACUGGAUAGAGAACGAUCUGAGAGAUCUGCUGGGUGAUCCUGAGCCCUCUCUGCGCAUCAUCGCCUCUCGGGCUCUCUUCCGAGUGCAAAAGGUGGGGGCUGAACCAGAUCCCAGGCAGUCUGUUUGCGGGCUGAGGAAGCUCAUGAGCUGUCUUCCUACUUAGAAAUGCAAGAGAGAAGCAUCCAUUAAGAAGCAGAGGUCUGGGGCGCCUGGUUGGGCCAGUUGGUGGAACAUGCAGUUCGAUCUCAGAGUCAUGAGUUC